AUGGCCAACCCCUCACCCGAACCCCACGAAGUUAUGCUCAACGCACCAACCACACCAGUCGCGCAGAACCCGGCCUCGAGCCAAGCAGAGAAGAAACUGGCCAUGUCUCUCCUCUACCGCCGCAUCAUCGUCCUGCUCGUCGUCCUCUUCGCUGCAGCUUCCCGUGGCGAUCCAGCCGGUGGCGCAUACGACCGCACGACGUGCCAGCUCGAGCCUUCCACCUGCGGCGAUCUCACUGUCCGGUACCCGUUCCAUCUUUACAGCGGAACAGAUGAGGCAGUGCCGGAGCACGCGUCGCACUGCGGCUACCCCGGCCUGGCCAUCAUCUGCGACGACGACAGGCCCAUCCUCCGCCUCGGCAGGGACGACUACAUGGUCUCGAAUAUCAACUACACCAGCCUCACCGUCUCCCUCGCCGACGCCGACGCCCUCGGCGACGACACCUGCCCCAUGGUCGAUCACAACGUCACGGUCCCGAAGCAGUUCCAUCUGCCCACCUCCACCAUCGCUUACCUCUUCUUCUUCGUCAACUGCACCUUCCUGCCGGAAGCCGAUUUCGCUACAUCACGCAAGCCGCCGAGCAUCAAGCCAGUCACCUGCGGGAGCUCUGGACAAGAGCCUGCCAUGUCCUUCGUGCUGCCGGAACGCGAGAUCCCUCCCAAGGACUGGUGGCAGGCAUGCCGGUCAGUCUACGCAGCCCCCGUGCUCAAGGACGCCCUCCCCGCCGACGCAAAGGACCCUGGAUGGAGAGAGGGCGGGUACGCGAAGGCUCUCCGCGGCGGGUUCCAGGUGGGCUCCGGCCCGUGCGGCCAGUGCGAGCAGUCCCGCGGCAAGUGCGGCUACAACCGCACCGGCGGGCUCCUGGGCUGCUUCUGCGCCGAUGGCGCCCUGGUGGUGGGCAACGCCGCCGGCUGCAGCAAGAUAUCUGACACCACCGCGCCGCUGCCCGCAGGUCAUCAUUACUCGAAGAAAAGAAUGAGAAUAUAUACAAUAGCAGGCAGCUCAAUAUGCCUACUCUUCUUUGCAUUCUGGUUGGGGUACAAGAAGUACAGAUCCAAAGGGAAAUCAAAGGAGACAGCAAGGAUUGAGUCCUUCCUACAAAAGAAUGGAACGGUCCAUCCGAAAAGGUACACUUACGCACAAGUGAAAAGAAUGACGAGAUCUUUUGCUGAAAAGCUAGGUCAAGGUGGAUUUGGUGCUGUUUACAGAGGCGACCUCUCUGAUGGUCGUCAGAUAGCAGUGAAGAUGCUAAAGGACUUCAAGACUGAUGGCGAGGAUUUCAUCAAUGAGUUGGCUAGCAUUAGUAGAACUUCUCAUGUCAACGUCGUUACUCUCUUAGGAUUUUGCUUGGAAGGAUCCAAAAGGGCACUAAUUUAUGAUUACAUGCCUAAUGGUUCACUUGAAAGGUAUGCUUUCAAAGAUGGCUCUCAAGGUGGAAAUAUUUUAGGUUGGGAGAAAUUAUUUGAAAUAGCAGUGGGAAUUGCUCGAGGACUCGAAUAUCUCCACAGAGGAUGCAACACUCGCAUAGUGCAUUUUGAUAUCAAGCCCCACAACAUUCUGUUGGAUCAAAAUUUCUGCCCAAAGAUCUCUGAUUUCGGACUGGCCAAGCUGUGCCUCAAUAAAGAAAGUGUCAUCUCCAUUGGUGGUGCAAGAGGAACAAUAGGCUAUAUUGCCCCGGAGGUUUAUUCGAAGCAAUUUGGAGCAGUAAGCAGCAAGUCUGAUGUGUACAGCUAUGGAAUGAUGGUUCUUGAGAUGGUUGGGGCAAGGGACAAGAACAUCAGUCCAAAUACUGAAUCUAGCAGCCAAUACUUCCCGCAGUGGAUUUAUGAACACUUGGAUGAAUAUUGUAUCAGUGCUUCUGAGAUUAACGGAGAGAUCACGGAGGUUGUGAGGAAGAUGAUAGUGGUUGGGCUGUGGUGCAUUCAGUUAAGUUCUGCAGAUCGUCCAACAAUGACUAGAGUCGUCGAGAUGCUUGAAGGGAGCACAACCGGCCUUGAAUUGCCACCGAAAGUGCUCUUGAGUUGA